CUGGCAGUGAAUAUCGGAACGUAGCCCAAAUCUGCACCAAACCAAACCAAACUUAAGCAAACCACUUGUACAAAAAUACCUGUAAUACUAAGUAUUAGUAAUUGUUUAAUAAUUUCUACAUGGAUACGUCACAGCUGAGAAAUUUCAAAGAUUUUCUUCUGCUUUAUAAUCAAAUAUCUGAGACUUGCUUUAGAAAAUGUACAAAUACUUUUCUGUCUCGAGAAAUUACCUCGGAUGAAGAUUUUUGCAUAAGCAAUUGUGCACAGAAAUAUAUUAACGCAAAUCAUAAAGUAAUGGAAAUAUUCAUGGAACUACAACCUAUAAUGGUACGUAAAAGAAUGGAAGAAAUAAACAGCGCUCAGGAAGCAUUAGUAAAUCAGAAUCAUCAAGUAGAACAAAAGACAGAAUAAUCUAUAUUUAUCGUUGUUUUAUAUAUUUGAUAUUGUACAUAUUUACUGAAAUAAAUAAAAAAAAUAAUUACA